AAUAAAGACAGAUAGCGGAUCGGCCGCAAGAGGAGAGAAAGAGAGGGAGGGGGGCAAGGCGCGAGAGAGGGAGAAAGAGAGCGCGAGGCAAAGGCGCGCGCGAGAGAGAAGCAAGGCGCGCGCGCGCGAGAGAGAACCAGAGAGAGCGCGAGGAGGAGGGAGUGGGCGGGACAGCCGAAGAAAGUUUGCCCCCAACUUCGCCGCGGCUGCUGUGGCGCUGCCCGGGGAGCAGCAGUUCGGGCGCUAUGCUGGAGCUGGAGCGAGGAGGGCUGGCUCGGCCUUGAGGGCAGGGAGGAAAGGGUCCGGGAGGCCCAGGAGGCGAGCCGUGGGGGCAGGAGGUCGGCCCGGAGAGGCUCUUCCAGGCGGGACGCGGGCAGUUAGGCAGGGAGCGGGGCCAGGAUGAGCCUGCUCUCGGCCAUCGACACCAGCGCCGCCUCAGUUUACCAGCCGGCCCAGCUCCUCAACUGGGUCUACCUGUCCCUGCAAGACACCCACCAGGCCAGCGCCUUCGAGGCCUUCCGCCCCGAGCCCCCGUCAGCCGCCGCUGCCGCCGCCGCCUCGCAACCUCACCACCACCACCAGCAGCAGCAACCAGAGCUGGGCUAUCCCAGCAAAGGCAGCGCCGAGCUGGGCUCGUCCCUCAACUCCAGCUAUCUCAACAGUUUCCUCCAGCUCCAAAGGAACGAGGCCUUGAGCAGCAGUCUAUACAAAAGUGCCUCUCCCUAUGGCUCCCUGAAUAACAUAGUAGAUGGUUUGAGCUCCCUCACCGAACAUUUCUCUGACAUCUCUCUCUCAUCAGAAGCUAGAAAACCCAGCAAGAGGCCACCACCCAACUAUUUGUGCCAUCUGUGUUUUAACAAGGGACACUACAUCAAGGAUUGCCCACAGGCACGUCCAAAAGGAGAAGGCUUAACACCAUACCAGGGGAAAAAACGCUGCUUUGGUGAAUACAAAUGCCCAAAGUGCAAGAGAAAAUGGAUGAGUGGAAACUCCUGGGCUAACAUGGGACAAGAAUGUAUCAAGUGCCAUAUUAACGUCUAUCCUCACAAACAGAGACCCCUGGAAAAACCUGAUGGCUUGGAUGUCUCCGAUCAAAGUAAAGAACACCCUCAGCAUCUCUGUGAGAAAUGUAAAGUGUUGGGCUACUACUGCCGCCGUGUGCAAUAAACACACCCAGAAAUUGCUGCUGCCACCAUUUGUAAAGAUAUUUUGGCAGCACACAACCGUCACAAGGAAGCAGGGGAGGUGUGGAGAGAAAACUUCUGACAAGAACCCCAUACAUCGCCAAUAUUGCCUAUUGAUAAACUAAUAAUAUGCAUUACCUUUUUAAUAGAAUGUAACCCUUUUCCUGUGUAUGUGUAUACAUACAUGUUGUAUUUAUAGGACUACAGUGUGUGUGUGUGUGUGUGUGUGUGUGUGUGUGUGUGUGUGCGUGACAUAGAAAUUACUGGUACAGAUUACCAAGCUCUGCAGUUGUAUGGCCCCUGUUCUUUUUAAGUCUUGCAUGACAGCCUCAUGCAAGUUCUAUUCAAAAGAAUUGGGGGUGCAGUUGCAGUUUUGGGUGAAUUGUGCCUACUGUUAUGCUCAUGAUGGAAUCACUAAUGUGGUUUCUGUAGAUUGUUUACACAAUUACAGUAUCCUGCCCAGGCAAAGCAACAUUGAUUGUCCAUAGAGGUAUAGAUAUUGGUGGAUGAUGUUAGCAGUAUUUGCAGGCAGUAUGUUCAGUAGGAUUCUCAUUGAGUUCAGGGUUGGUCUGAAAGUUCUAUCCAGUUGCUUACUUUCAAACAGAGGCUGUAAAAGUUACCUUUUUCAUAUUACAAAACCAAGAAUCUUCCAGCCAGCAUAUAAUUUUUACAUUCUCUGUUUCCAAGAAUCCUCCAGGGCAAUUGGACUGAGACUUCUGGUGGGCUUUCAGUUAAUAGAAUCUGAGGGUUCAAAAGAACAAGUGAAUAAUUGUCUGAGAAAGUGGUUUGCAUGGCAAUGUAAUGUUUGAACAGGAAGGGUCUAUCAGGAAUUCAUAUUUCAUAGGCAGCAAAUUAAAUGUGUUUACUUAGACAUAUGUUCCACAGAAAUUGGCAUGCUGCUUGUGAAUAAGUGUACUUAGGAUACAUUAGUUUUUUUACAGGCUUACCAACUCCAUCCUCCUUUUUACAAUCAUGCCAGGUUCUCCUUUCUCUAUUUGAUACACAAGUGGUGGGUAAAAUUAUAUCUUCUUGUCUAUAGUUUGGCUAAUCAUUUCCUCUAGAGAAGAAAUGCUGCCCUUAGAGGUCUGUUAGGGUAUUGCAGGCAGAUAUGUCCCAGAACAAAUCAUCAAGACCAAGAUAGACAGAGAUAAAUUCACUGUUAAAAAUAGAAAGCAGUUCUCCAAACCUUAACUGAAAUAUAAUAUUAUUGAUACACAUUAAGUUUAAAGUAAUUAAACCAUUGUUUAUUAUAGGAAACUGUCCUAAUUUCCAGUUAUAUAUCAAGAGAUAUUUCUAAGGAGCCAUUGGGAUUUUAUAUCAAAGCAUAUGGAACAGUACUCUUCCAAAACAGGACAAAAAGUAUAGUUACGGAAAAAAUAGUGUUUGCAUCAAAAUGAAUAAGACAAUUUAAAAAUUAUUAUGAAAAGCAAAAAUAUUAUUGAAGUGCUCUGAAUGCUAGUAGGAUAUAUCAUCUUUUCAUUUGGUGUUUGGCUUUAAGAGUAUAUUCAAAAUUAUCACUGAAUCAGUGAAACUGAUUACUUGUUUCUAUUGCUAAUCCAAUGGCAGGUGGGUUUAAAUUUCAGAUAUGCAACAUCUAAGAUUAUCUUCAGUGCAGAUUUUAGGGACUAACACUUCUGGAAAAGUGGAUCAUUUUGUUUGUAUCAGAUAUUCUCUUGCCUUUGUCUGAUCAACAAGAAGAAUAAUGCUCUGCUUUCUGCAUUACAAGCUUUUUAAAGGGAAAAUUAUUAAUGAUUAUUUCCAUUAGUGUUAAAAUGAUCUGGAUAUUUAUUGGCAAUGAUAGCAUCUGUGAUAAAGUCACCCUAUAAAGCAAAGGACUACAGGAGAAGGAAAUAUCCAGUACCUCUAUUUUCUUGGCUAUCACUGCACCUCUUCUUGAAGCCUAGAUUCCUCCCACUCCCUCUGUGAAUAUAGGAAGUUGCUUUACACUGAAUCAGGCUGGCGGCAACUUUCCUGGGCCUCUGGAAGAGCUCAUUUUGCACAUUUGUUGUUAAAGAUCCCUUAAAAGGAGAUGCCGGGAACUGAAUCUGAGACCUUUCUUUUACACAGUAGUGACCUACGACCAGAGCUGUGAAAACCGCCCACUAUUUUAAAGUGUGUUUAAGGAAGUAUGACAGAGAACAGUGUAGAAAAGUUAUUUUGAGCAUCUACAACUCAGGCAGCUUCAGGGAUUCUGGGAAUGUCGUCUCAAAAAGUGAUUUUGUGAGCUACAGUUGCAAGUAUUCUACAUUUUGUAGACUGGAAAAAUACUAAAAAAGAACAAGAAGUCUGUAGUACACACCUUUCAGUAGAAUACAUGGACGGAAGCUCUUUCAUGCUACACAAAUAUAACACUAUGGUUCUGUUUUAACUGCCCUUUCUGCAUCUUGGGGCUUGUAUUCUGAUGAGACACUUCAUGAUGGUUGGAAAUUCUAACUAUCACUCGCUAAACUGUCAUUCUCAGAGGAUGUAACCAUGGCAGUUAAAGUGCACUCAUAGUGCUCUAAUUGUGAAGUGUGGACAAGCUCCUGAGGCCAGGGCCUAUAAAUACUGUCUCUAAGACUCUCUGAAAUUCUGCCUAGGAUUUUGCUAAUGAUUGUUUUUUAACAACUUUGGCACGCCGAAAAUGUCUCCAAGGUUUUGUUAUAAUUCACACAAUAUUAAUUAGUGUACAAAUUUUGUGUUAGUAAUGUGAACUUGAAUGAAUUUGUUAAUUUUAAAGAUGGGAGUUUUUAAUUUCAGAUGAAUUUUCCAUGAUAAUAGUUAUGAGCAACUCAGUGACCAUUUGAAGACAGUGGGUUACAUCCAUUAGUCCUAAUUAAAAUUGACUCCUGACUAUAGUUCCAUUGAUAUAAAUGAUUCUGUUCUAUGAGUUGGUCAGAAUUUAAUCCAUUCUGACUAUAUCAGAAUAAGAAAAGGGCCAUUUAAAUAUCAGAGCCUGUUUACACGAGCAAUUGUUCUGAGAAAAAAACUUUUGAACUUCUUUCUUAACUUUGUUUACAUGAUCAAGAAAUUCAUCAGGACAAAAUAAAGUCAAACUGAAGGAUGGUAUUAAAAUACGUUCAGUAGGUAAAUAAAUAAAUAAAUAGGAUAGGCCCUGAAUAAGUUGACACCUUUCACCUAUUUCCCAUUUCACGCAUAGAGAAGUGAUUGGUUAUGUUAUCGGGUAUGAGAGGCAAGGCAUGGCUUUUGAAAACUUGAACCUUAAUGUUAACUCUGUUUUAUUUUUGAGGGAUAAGAAGUGAAUAAUGUAAGAAACACAGUUAAAAUAGAGCCAUAUAUUAAACAGUGUACAGUAUUACUCCUUGAGCACUUAUUAAAUGUUGUCAGCCAUCUCUCAAAUUCUACAGAUCUAAUAUUAUUGGGAACUGGAAUUAAGUAAGACAGUUCCUAUUUUUACUGAUAAACCAAUGCAUAUAGCAAUUAAUCCAUUAUCUUCCUAAAAUUUCUAGUUUACAUACACAGUCCUAGUUCUGCACUACAGUGCACAGAAGCCCUGAUAUAAUGCUAUUACAUUGCAUCCACUAAACAGCAAAUGUGAAGUUUUUCUGUAACAUAAGUGAAUAAGAAGGGCUGGGACCACAUUUUGUUUUAUGCAUGAAGCAGUCAUUCCUGUAGCCAUAUAUGCAGGAACACAUUAACCUUAAGCAUGCCCAAAAUGCUUCAAAGCAUCCACACAAAAACUCUUUUCUCCCAUUUUGAUUUUGUUCUACAUCACCUUGGAUGCCUCUUGGAAGAACCCCCAAUAUUCAAGAGUGGCUUUUCAGGGGACACAAAGAUUUUGAGGAGUAACCUCCAGUCUUGCUUAAACAGUCCAGUGCACACUUGGAAAUCCAUUUCUUUGCCAUCAGAUGUGACCCGUUAAUGCUUGGAUCAUCAUCUUUUACCUAUUGCCAUGGCUUUCUAACAUAUGCAUCUGUGACAAAUAAGCUAUUCGUGCCAUUCAUUACAUAUAAUUGCAAGUAUACAGUCUUCCUCCCCUGCUCUAGAGUCCCAGGCAGGAAUGUGCUUUAUCCAUUACUAUUCAUAUGUGAAAACUGUUUUGUAUUAAAGUCUCAUUCUUGCAAGGUCUCAGAAAUCAGAAUGUGACAUUCAGACAAGGAGUUUAGGAUGGGGAUAUAGGGGUUGUUUUAAAAAAUAUUUCAUUGAAGAGGUUAUUUUUAUCCAUAAUCCUGCCAAAGUGAAACGUUUUUCAAUUCUAUUGAGUUUCAGUGACAAUUGGACACAUGAAGAAAUGAGUCAGAAUGACAAAAAAUGACCUUAAAGAUGGUGAUAGGACUAGGAAAGACCAUCACCAAGCAGUGGUUCUCAACCUGUGGUUCUCUCCAGGUGUUUUGUCCUACAACUCCCAGAAAUCCCAGUCAGUUUACCAGCUGUUAAGAUUUCUAGCAGUUGAAUGCCAAAACAUCUGGGGACUCACAGGUUGAGAACCAGUGGCUUAGAGAGUUGUUGUCAGUCAGAAUAGAUAGUGCUGGUCUUGGUGCAUCUUGCAUGAGUUAGCUUCCUAUAUCAAUGGGACUUGAAAGUGUUUAACUUCACCUGAAUAGUGCCAAAUACGUUCUUCAAGUCUAUUAAGGAUUCUUAGUACAAGUGCUAAGUUUGUGAACCUGUAAAGUUUGUUAAAAUCUUAGCAAACAGACAUUGGGUUCUAACGGAAUUAUAAUUAAUGUGUUCCAUGCCACGUCGUUGUUUGAGACAGUAUUUUGUGCUCAGCCAGGAAUUCAGUGCCUAUCUGUUUUAUGUCUACAAAAACCACUGCAUCUGGAAUUAUUGCUGAAUGGCUGUAGCACUCUGUACGCUGACUCAAAUUGUAGCUAUACAAAUGAAGGUUUGAGUUUUCUUAGGAUGAAUAUAAAAGGGACAAUCGUGUGCAGUUAAUAGGUGUAGUCGAUUGAUAUUAAUGUUUACCCCUAUUAUGAAAUAUUUUACAGUUUUACUUGCAGAUGUGUAUUUAUCUUGAGUUAUACUUGACGUAGAGUUCCUUUCCAUUUUUUUAAUACUGUGUGUGUAUUUUGGAAAAUCUGUUUAGGUGUUUAAAUUUUUUAAAUAAUUACAAAUAUUUCAUUGUAAUACUGAAUUGUUAUCUGGAAACUCUUUGCAGUAACCUUUUUGUAUAUACGUAUUUGAGGGCCUUUUUAAAAAAAUACUAUUUUUUCUGUUUGGUUUUAUAAAAGUGUUUUUACAACUCUGAAGCUUUCAGAAAGGGCCUUGAUUUUCUACUAGAAUACUAACAGCUAAGAGUUUUCUUAAGAAUUAUAUAAAAAAUAAGGGUGUAUCCUCAAGAAAAUAUUUAUGGAAGGAAUUUGCUUUUUUCUUUUGUUUUUUGUUUUUUUUACAAUCUUUUGUCUGUAUAAAGUAUGCAACAGAACUACAUUAAGAAGGAAAUAUUGUCUACAUAGAAUAUUAUAUGAAAGUUGGUACAUAAUUCUGUCAAGAAGAAGAAAAACCUUGCAAUUCUUUAAGCCAUAUUGUUGUUUUUGUUGUCGUUUUCCUUUGGAUGAAAAUAUCAGUAUUAAGUAACUCGUAUAUUAUUCAUGUGUUUAGAACGUAUAUUAAUAUGCUUAUUCUAAUUAUUUAUAUGUGUAUUUUGGAAAGCAUAACUUGUUUAAAGAAAAACUAGGACUGAUUUGGUAAGAAUCAGAUGUUACACUAUCACUUUAUUACCUUGAGAAAUAUACAUUAACAGUCCAAUUCUAAGACUUCUGAUUGUGACUGAUGUAUUAGCACAGCAUUUUAGUGCCAUAGCAGAGACUCUGGUGGAAAUAGAUAGAAUCAAAUUAUAAAUGGUAUAAGGCAGUGGUUCUCAACUUGUGGGUCCCCAGGUGUUUUGACCUACAACUCCCAGAAAUCCUAACAGCUGGUAAUCUGGCUGGGAUUUCUGGGAGAUGUAGGCCAAAAACACAUGGAGACCCACAGGUAGAGAACUACUGGUAUAAGGACUUCUUCAUGGUUUGCUUUUAGAAGUACAGGCAGCCUAUACCUGAAAAAUUAAGAGAAUCAAUGUGACAUGCUGGGGUUUUUUUGGGGGGGGAUAUAUCAUCCAGAUUUCCUGAAGAGUUACUAUUUGGUCUUCAGCAUUUUUGUAACAGUAUUACUUACUUUUAAAAAAUAAUUGUUAUUAUUUAAGGGUUGAUGGGAAAGAUAAGAUUUCACAAAGCGAUUCUCGUAGCAGUUUUCAAAAACAGCACACUGAGAUCUGCAGUGCAGUGAAAGCGUUACACCAAUACUGUCCAUCAGUGGCCAGAACCAAGAGUUGGUCAAACUGAUGUAAGCAUUUAGUGUUUAUUUUUAUUUAGAAUGCAUAACAUGUUACAGUAUGCAUGCACACGUAUUAUAUGCUUUAUCGUUUCACAUAGCUCCAUUAUCUUAAGAUUGUUUAUGUGUUAAACCAUGCUAAAAAUGGGAGAUCAGUUCAAUCUUGUACCGGACUUAUCUUUCCCUUACAAAAGGUUAUUUAGAGCAGCAAUCACUACACUGUACAAAAUUAACCCUGCUAUUAUAUUAAUUUCUGUAGAUUUAGAUGAGUUUAUUUACUCAUGAGCUUUU